AUGCCCUCCGGCAACUCAACAGACUACGACUCGCUCCCCUCCCCUCGCGGCGGGUCAUCGCACUCUGCAGCUCGGCCGAAGAAGCUCUACGGACGGAAGGCCGCGCGUAUAGCGUCUGGGCGAGGUGCGCAAGAGGAGGAGGACGGAGGAAAGGGGAUUGAGAAGAGCGGGAAGAGGAGGAGGCCUGUGCGAGAAGCGGGACGGUUCAGUGAAGAGUCGGACUUCGAGGCGCGUCGGGAGGCGCAAAAGCAGGUGAAGAGGAGGGGACGCGAGAAGGGCGAAUUGGUGAAGGGCGGGGAGGGGAAGAAGCGGAGCGCGAAGAGGGUCGAGGAGGGGGAUGUCGAGAGCAACGACGAGACGGAGGCCGAGCCGAGCAAGAGGCCGCUCGCAAAGAAGGCCAAGACCGACGCCUCGUCCGCCCAACCUCGCUCGUCUCAGCCGCAGCCCGUCCAGUCUCGCUGGCGAGCUGACCAAGCUCUUCAAGACGCUGAGAACGCACUCGUCGAGAAGAAGCGGCGCAAGGAAUCGAAGAAGGAUGUCGAGGUCGUUGUCGAGAUUCCGGCUCGUCGCCCUUCGAGCGGCAACGUCCCGCCUUCGGCCACCGCCACUUCUGCCGACGAUGUCGUCCCUUCGAUUACAUUGCGCAAGCCGGCCUUGCUCGACAAGUCGAAUUUGACGACGGACUCGCCUCGCUCCGCCGCUCGUCCUUUGCAGGCGAGCCGCUCGCCCUUGCGACCUGCCCCGUCCACCGCACUCUUGAAGAGGCGCGGCUCUACUCUCGCUGUCUACCGCGAUGAGACGGCUACGACGAGCAAGCCUCUCUCGCCGCAGGGGGGAUCGACCUCGACUGCGACGAUGGCCGCUCAGAACCUCCGUCUCCCUCGCGCGGCUGGCGGUUGGCGUCUCGGCUCCGAGCCUCCUCCGGCGAUCCGUUCGCUUCCUUCGCCGACUUUCGCAACCUUCGACCGCCUCCUCCCCCGCUCCCCUCGCUCAGCCGGCAACGCAUCUCCCCUCCGCUCGCUCUCGCCUCUCCGUUCCGCCCCUCUCCUCGGCGUCCCUCGCGCCGCCGAGUCCGCUCUCCCCGCUCCAUGGGCGCUCUCCGCCCCUGCGUCAGCCUCCAACCACCCCUCCAGCUCCCCUCAGAACCCUCCCGCCGAUGCUCCGGUCUUCCACUUCACCACCACCGAGUUCGGGGACCUCCCGUCCAUCCGCUUGAGCUUGGGAAGCAAUGCGGAGACGGGGGAUGGGAGGGAGGGAGGGAUGGACUCGACUAUUGUGCUUGAGACUUGGGAGGAGGGGGUGAGGGAUGGGAGGAGGGAGGAGUCGCCGAUGCAUGGCGUCGAGGAGGAGGAAGAGGUUGAUGGGGAACGGACCAUGCGCCCUCAAAGCACUCAGGGACGCGAAGAGGCGGAGGAGACGGUCAUCGAGCGGAAGGAGGCAAAAGAAACGGCGACGGAUCAGGACCAGACGGAUGUCGCCGUCGGCAUUAGCGACAUGUCUCUCGACGACGGCGACGUGACUGUUACGGCGGCGAUCCGUGAGGUGCAGGAGCAGGAUCACGGGCAGCGCACAUCGGCCGAGACGACGGCUGCGGCAUCGCCCGAACAGCAGGACGACGCCGACGACGUCGCGAUGGACGAGACCGUCUCGCUCGACCAGCACUCCAUCGACGCGAACGAAGACGAGGAGAAGCCCGUCAGCCGCUGCUUCCCACGCCCGCUUUUCUGGACUUCCGACUUCAUGCCUCCUCGCCAUCCGCGUCCGCCUGUCGACCCCCCUCUUCCCGAUGGUCCACCCUCCUCGGAGGACGAGCUCGCCUACUACCUUCGGACGACCGGCACCUACUCGUCCGAAGAUGACCUCCCGCCUAUCGGAGACGCGCCGAGCGACGACUCUGCGAGGGAGGACUGGCUCGCUGAGCGCGAGAUCGGGCGCGCGGUCAAGCCGACGUCUGGACAGCGUGCCAAGAGGAUCAAGGCGAGUGAGGCGAGGCGCAAGCUUGAGCGGCUGAGGAUCGACGGGGGAAAGAGGAGCGGCACGAAGAGGGAGAUCCUGCCGCUCGACCAGGUCAGGAUUCCGAAGCGCGUCAGGAGGCUCAUCGAGCAACAGGCGUACGAGCGCGGCGCCGAGGCGGACGACGAGCUUGACGAGAGGCAGGAGGACGUCGAGGAGGUCUCCGUCGGUGGUGUCGAGGCGGAGUGA